AUGGGGAAGGCCGCUCCAUCGUGGAUUUCCACUGCCGAUCGUUGGUGGUGCACCAGGAAGCUCAAAGAGUUGGAUAAAGACAGGCGAUUCCCAGGCUUCAUGAAACUACCCAAAGAAAUUCGGUGGGAUGUCUACAAGAGGUUGAUGGGAGUCCAUAGCGAGAGGCCGCAGAGGAGCCUGUCUACGAAUCGAAACGUUACCUCAACUGCGAAUACCGCCAUCCUCUACGCUAACAAGCAGAUCAGCUCUGAAGCUUCUGAAUAUCUGAGACAAGGCAAUGUCGCCUACACUWGCUAUGCCGACGGCAAGAUCUUACCGGAACCUGGAUCGCAGCCCCAGACCAUUGCCAAUGUCUCCAUAUAUCUUUCCAGCUGGGGCAAAAACGAAGGAAAGCUGGCAGAACUCAUCAUCUGGCACCUACCUCUCAGAACCCUCAAGUUCGUUGUAGGUCACAAGCAUCAUGCAAAACGCAAUAAUAGCGAGGAAGGAAUGCAGGAGCUUCUCGGGCCGCUGAAAGGGCUGCUUUCCGAGACUGAGGUUCAGAUGGUAAAUUUCGAUCCACAAGUGGAGGAUGCCGCGAGGAGAGCGAUGGCGGGCGAUCCACUUAAAGUCAAGAAUAUUGCCAUCGAGAACAAGUAUCCUGCGAUAUUUGAUUCUGCGUACAAGGCCUUCCAAAAAUACUUUGGUAACACUGCUUCGGCGGACCAGCCGAGCGCUGCAGAUGAAAUUGCUCCUAUGGAUGCUCCCACGGCUGGGGAGGCGCCUUCGGCCAUGAAUGCGUCCAUGGAUGGGGUGGACGAGACGAAAGUCAUCUCUGACAGUGAGACUACCUCCGAAGGCGAAUCGAAUUCUGGCGAUGACAAGAGCUUCGAGGACAACCACUCCUCGAACGACUCUGAUUCCGGUGACGACUCCAGUCCCGGCAACGCGCCCGGGCCCCAAAACGGGUCUGAUCCGAGAAAUGAACCACCUUCUGGUAGCGAGUACUCACCCUCAACGCAAUCAUCUGCAGAAGAAGGAUCUCCAGAAGAUCGAAGGCCCGCUAAUGGGGACAAUCCUUCUGACAGUUUGAAAGUUGAUUACAUGGAGCGAUCUUACCUUACAUGCCGAUGGAUUGGUGGGCAGGAGUCUCACUUCAGGUGGGAUUGCGUUUCUUCGGAGCGGCCGCAGUCUUUGACGUCUUGUAUGUAG